UUUUCGAUAGUUUUAUUUGAUAAACGAGCUGGAAGUGUUAAUAUUACUGGAUUAAUGAAUGUAGGUCAAAUUCAAUAUAGAAAUUGUUACGGGCAGCCGUGUAAUAAACUAGCGACCCAACACAAAAUGGCCACCGCUCACUAUGUAGCCGCGCAAAGCCUUGACGUGAUGCUGGGACGCUCCUCCCCGGUUGCUAGGAGACUGGAGACGCAUUUGGCUGCUGAUUUAGAAUUUUUGGGUCGAGAAUGGAUUCUGAAUAUAUAUCGAGGACCUUAGGGAAAUGCCUCGCAGAGGGACUGGCAGAAAUAAUAGAGAAAAGACCAGUGGACCCUAUUGAGUAUCUUGCACACUUUAUUUACAAGUACAGAAGCAAUCUAGAUGAACACGAGAAGAGGAAACUGGAGAUGGAGCAACUGGAAACAGAAAAAGAAGAGGCAAGACAAGAGCUUGAGACAAUUGAAAAGCUUAAGCAAGAAGAACUUUUGAUUCAGCAUAAAAUGGAAGAGCAACAAAAGAAAAAAGUUUUAGAGGAAUAUCCCCCCAAAACUAUAGCAGAACUUACUGAAAAGUUUGGUGCACCUCACUUACCUACUGUGGAAGAGACUGAUGAAAAUGUGGUUGGCAGUAAACAGAAGAGCCCAGAUAUUCCUCCUGAGACCGAGGACACAGUAGUGACCCAAGACAUUGAAAAAACAAAUGAAAAUCAGUUGAAUUUAGAUUCAGUAGAGAAUCAUGAAAAACCUGACAUUGUGGAAAGACAGCCUUUGGAAGAUCCUACAAAUGACGGUGUGCUAGUAGAUGACCAUGUCCCCUCUGUGGAUACAGCAAUCACAAAUACAGAGCAGAAUGACACUGGGUUGGAAGCAUCUGAAGAAAAGGAACCUGAGAUUGAUGCUGGAAAACAAGAUGCAUGAAACUUCUCUGGGAAUUGUCUAUCUUCUGUCUUCAUGAAAAUCACGAGUGUUCUUUCUCAGUGCGUGGUUGGGCUUCCAACUAUUGCAGCAAUAGUUUCUUAAAUGUGAAUUGGAUCAUGGAUAAUUAUACACAAAGCCACAAAAUGCAGGACUAUAAGACCAGUUUGCAAGUCAAGUGUAGUAAUAGGAUCUCUAUUAAAAUCCUUUUAUUUUUGGUGCAUGGGUUGUUAUAUUAUGGUCCUAUGUCUUAUUCACAAUGUCUAUUUGUCUUCAAUAGCACUCAGAAAGACUAACCUUUCCAUUGGUGGGCAUCCUUAGCCUUUAUUUUAGAUACAGUACUUUAAAGAGUUUGUCCCACCAUUAGAUAUCUUAUAAAUUA